AUGCGCUUCAGGUGGUAUGUGGACCUUGGCUUCCAAACAGAUGUGCACAAAGUGCGCAUCCACAACCGCUGCGACGUCACCAACACCGGCGAACAGUUGUGGAAGCGGCUGCAGAACUUCACGAUACAUGUGUCCCACACAGAACCCUUCAUCACUGGCAAGCUAGACCCAGCGCUCAACGACACCACCCUGUGCUACAGCCACCAAGGGUAUCAGGACAAAUGCAACUUUGUUGCCGGUGAUGACGGGUCUGACAUUUACACAUGUACGGUGCCCAAGUUUGGGCGCUACGUGAGCAUUCAGGCGCUAGCAGUGGCAGCGGCCGUCGGCCUGUUUCUGGGCCUGUUCUCGGCAGCAGCUCUCCUCGUGCUCCUGCGAUGGGUGGAGAAGCGCCUGGUAGAGGCGCGGCCCGGCGGCGACAGCCGCCCCCCGCGGCAUGCCGAACCCAGUGUUCGGCACGUGCCGCUCGAGGGCAGCUUGCAGCCUGCGCGGGACCCAGCGCCACCCACAGGCGAGCAGACAGCUGAGAUUGCGGUGAUAGGGCUCCCCGGCUUGGCAGCGGAGGCUGCCGCUGGAUGCCUUCCCACACACGAGCAUGCCUGCAGACGCCUUUGCGGCUGGCUGCACGCCUUCUACAGCAUGUCAGUCAGCGGCGUGCGGGUGCAGCGGGUGUGGAUCACGCGGAAUGGGCGGAUGGCGCUUGAGGCGUCGCUGCCCGCCGCCAUGGCUGCUACUGUGCUGGCUGGCAGCAAGCGGCUCAAGGGUACUGGGAUCACCCUUGGGCCCGUCCUCAGCCCCAGCGAGCUGCGCGAACGGGAGGCGCGCAGGCAGCAGCAGCCACAGCCCACCCCGAUCAAUGGCACAGGCAUCCUUACGCUUUGUGAAGUGUCAGUUUGGGGCGCCAGGUGGUACGUGGACUUGGGUCAGCUGGCCGCAGUGUCAUCUGUGCGCAUCGUAAAUCGCUGCGACAACCCCAACGGCAAGCAGGCCAGCCUGCACAGCAUCACAUCUGUGCUGGGCCUGUACGACGGCAUCUAG